AUGGCGGACAAAGUUAGAUAUUACUUGGAACAGUCGGUUCCUGAAUUAGAGGACCUCAAGGUUAAGGGACUAUUUGAUAAAAAUGAGAUUACCAUGAUUAUGAGAAGACGGACUGAUUUCGAACAUAGAAUCACCGGACGUGGAAGUCGACCAAGAGAUUAUCUAAAGUAUAGUGAAUUUGAAAACAAUUUGGAAAAGUUGCGCAAGAAAAGGUAUACCAGGUUGAGUAAAGUGGGAUUAAUCGAUACAAAACCGAGUAUCAGUGAUUGGGCUGGAGUUCGCCGAAUCAUGUUCAUACUUGAUAGAGGAACCAAGAAAUUCCCUGGAGAUCAACAAUUAUGGGCCGAGUAUUUAGCAUAUGCCAAAGAUAAUGGAGCGAUCAAGGCAGUAUACAAGAUCUAUUCAAGGUUGUUGCAAUUGCAACCGCGGAAUGUUGAUGCUUGGUUGUCAGCAGCCAAGUACGAAUUUGAAGUCAAUGCCAAUGCUAAAGGCACAAGAUUGUUAUUCCAGAGAGGACUAAGACUUAAUCCAGAUUCCACCGCGCUAUGGUUGAGCUACGCCCAAUUUGAAUUGACCUAUAUUUCAAAACUUCUUGCCCGAAGGAAGCUUUUGGGGUUGUUGACAGAAUCAGAGGAAAAGAAGGAAACCGAUGACAUGAUAGUUUUACCGCAAGCCGAGACCGCACUCAAUCUUCCCGAUGCAGAUAUGAAUAUGCUUGGGAAUCCAGACACAAACCCUGCUCUAAGAGGGGAUGUAUUCUUGGCCAUAUUUGACGAAUGCGUAAAAGCCAUUGGGUUUGACAUUGUGGAGAGAUUUUUACAAUUAAUUGAUCAGUUUGAAGAUUUAGAUAGAGAUUACUUGUACAACCAUGUCCUCAACUAUAUUCAGAGGGAAUAUCCAGAUGACAACAGGACAGUAUUUAUCGACAUAACCUUACCCAUACGAACAAGCAAUGACGGGUUGCAAUUAUCGGUUAAUAAGUUUUUGGCAUACAAAGCCAAGAAUCCCAACAAGGAGCUAACUAAUAUGUUUGUCAACAGAUUAAUGGAAAUUGAUGGCAAUGACAAAGUCAAAUCGGUAAUUCAAGCUAUCAUCAAAAAGAUCAAUCCCGCUUAG